CGAUUUCCCUGGCAGGAUGGGCGUGGUGAGCAGCAAGAAGCAGGUCAAGGGGAAGGCAAAGGACCCCUGGAGCCCCGUGCCAGUUGGCGCCCAAAGCAAGGAGCCCCCGCCGCUGCCACCCCUGGUCCUGUUUAAUCACCUGACUCCUGCCCCUGCCGACCAACACCUGGACCAAGAGCCGCACUUCGUGGUUGCCCUGUAUGACUACGCCACAGUCAGCGACCGGGACCUGCAGAUGGUGAAGGGGGAGAAGCUGCAGAUCCUGAACAACUCUGGAGACUGGUGGCUGGCCAAGUCCCUCGUCACAGGCAGAGAAGGCCUCGUGCCCAAAAACUAUGUGGCCCAAGUGGAGACACUGGAAGUGGAGAAGUGGUUCUUCAGAUCCAUCAGCCGCAAAGACGCCGAGAGGCAGCUGCUGGCCCCCAUCAAUAAGGUCGGCUCCUUCCUGAUCAGAGAGAGCGAGACCACCAAAGGUUCCUUUUCGCUGUCUGUGAAGGACGUGACAGCCCAGGGGGAGGUCAUCAAACACUACAAGAUCCGCUCCCUGGACGAGGGGGGCUACUACAUCUCCCCCCGGACCACCUUCCCCUCCCUGCAGGCGCUGGUGCAGCACUACUCCAAGAAAGGGGACGGUCUGUGCCAGAGACUGACGCAGCCCUGCGUGAGCCUGGCGCCUCAGAACCCCUGGGCCCAGGACGAGUGGGAGAUCCCCCGCCAGACCCUGCAGCUGGUCAGGAAGCUGGGGUCCGGGCAGUUUGGCGAGGUCUGGAUGGGUUACUACAAAAACUGUGUGAAGGUGGCCGUCAAGACCCUGAAGGAGGGCACCAUGUCCCCGGAGGCCUUCCUGGGUGAGGCCAACCUGAUGAAGACGCUGCAGCACGAGAGGCUGGUCCGGCUCUACGCCGUGGUCACCAAGGAGCCCAUCUACAUCGUCACUGAGUACAUGGCCCGAGGCUGCCUGCUGGACUUCUUGAAGACGGACGAGGGCAGCCGGCUGUCCCUCCCUCGGCUCAUCGACAUGUCGGCACAGAUAGCCGAGGGCAUGGCCUACAUCGAGCGGAUGAACUCCAUCCACCGCGACCUGCGGGCGGCCAACAUCCUGGUCUCGGAGGCCUUGUGCUGCAAGAUCGCCGACUUUGGCCUGGCCCGCAUCGUGGACAACGAAUACACUGCCCAGGAGGGAGCCAAGUUCCCCAUCAAGUGGACCGCCCCCGAGGCCAUCCACUUCGGGGUGUUCACCAUCAAGGCGGACGUGUGGUCAUUCGGGAUCCUCCUGAUGGAGAUCAUCACCUAUGGGCGGGUGCCCUACCCAGGAAUGAGCAACCCCGAGGUGAUCCGCAACGUGGAGCGCGGCUACCGCAUGCCGCGGCCGGACUCGUGCCCCCCGGAGCUGUACCGCGAGGUCAUCGCCGAGUGCUGGCGCAGCAGGCCGGAGGAGCGGCCCACCUUCGACUUCCUGCAGUCGGUGCUGGAGGACUUCUACACGGCCACGGAGCAGCAGUACGAGCUGCAGCCCUAG